AUGAAAACGAACGUAUGCGGAGAAGCAAGUGGCCUGAAGUUAAGCGGGCUCUUGUCUGUGUUGUACACUGAUGGGGGUGAGCAGACGAAUCUUGAGGGCUGCACCGCGAAGGUGCCAAUGAUUGACGGCCUCAAGAGUUGCCCGCCCCUAGAGGUUCUGGUCGUGGCGGACUCAAAGGACCUUGAGAAGCCGAUUGAGAGGUUCCACCUCGUGCAGGAUAGCGUGCGACUGCUGGUGCUGCCGCCCAAAGACGAGUGCCUGGGCGAUCUUCCCGCGUUCGAAUUCGAGAACGAGCGUCGACAGAAGAAGCAGAGCAGGAUCGAGCUAGACGAACGCGCGGGGCUGCUUGAGACAAGGGCGGUUGACUACCACCGAGCUGUGGACUCCUUAGCGACCAGCAUUUGGCAGGGCUUGGUGGCGCCCAAGAAUCCCCUCGACGCCUUGGACCAACCAGUCGCCGAUCGAAUCUUCGAAGACAUUAUUCCGAGGACUAUGGCCCCGGCACAGGCCGUAAAAAGUACUUCGAGACCAUUUAUAAAGAAGUGGCGGUCCGUCACUAGAGACGACUUGCUGUGGAAGCAACACUUGAGCCCACAAGAAGUCAACUCGAAAAUGCAUGAGCCAGAAUACAACGACUUGAUGGCUUUGAACAACAUU